GUGUCAAAUAAGAUAAAUGCUAUAAAAUCUCUAUCAAGUAUCAAGUAUCAGAACCGUAAUAAAACAGCUAAAUUGCUAAUGACGACGAGAUUGUGGAAAAUUUUAUUAAUUUAAUUCUAUCACAGUUUAUUUAUUGUCUUUUUCGUUAAUAUGUUAUCAUUACCCGUCAUCGUUGGAACCAUGACAGACUAGAAGACUAGGAAACAUGUUGCGGAUUGGAAUUUUGCCUUACAAUGUAUUUAGAGUGAAAUAAUCACAAUCCACCAUAGAAACCUAGCAGACUAGUAUUCAAUAUGAUGACUUCUGAGGAGUCAGACUCUUUGAGUAACAUACCGUCAGACGGACAUCCCGAAGAUGCAUCAGUGUCCGGUACAGAGGAAGCUCCAUCAUCCAUGGUGUCAAGUGAAGCGGAAUCUGAAGGCAGUGUGGUGUCGGAGUCACGUCAUGAGACCGCCCUCGCCGAUCAAGACUCCAGCUUCCUUGACAAGACAGCCACAGAUGUCCGUGCUGUUGGCAGCACAUUGGCUUCACUCGUAUCAACUAGAGGGUCUAUGCUGCCAUGGGGUCCCAAUAAAGGCGCCAUAGUGCCGACCGCUGAUUCCGACCUCCGGCCCGGAGAAUUUGUGAUGCGGCUGCUGUUCACGGAGUUCACGGUUCAAGCGGAGAGGAAGAUGGAAGCGGUCAUGGCGGAACAACUGGAAAAGCCAUUGAACAAGACUCUUCAAAGGGGAGAGGAUCCGCAACUGGAUCAGAUUCUAUCAGCAUUUGGCACGGUUGCUGAACACUGUCUGCCAUCUCUCUUGAGAGCACUGUUCGGUUGGCUGGAACGACAAAUGGCUGAAUCACCACAGCUCAAUGAACAAACAAAGAAACCUCACCAGGACUUAAAGAACAAAAGCAUAAUCCACAUAGUAUCAGGUAGUGGUGCAGGCACAGAACAGGUGGAAAGAAGCUCGGAGGAGCUUCAGGCGGAAAGACGAGAUCUUGCUGUAGAGUUCUUGUUCUGUCUUGCUCUGAUAGAGGUCUUAAGACAAUUGCCAUUUCAUCCCGGCCAUGAAGAUCUAGUGCAUUACAUAGAAAAUGUUGCCUUCAAGCGGUUCAACUAUAAGGAAGGGUUACAGUCAAAUCCCAACGCAGCAAAUGUUCACAUCAUAGCCGAUUUGUACGCGGAGGUUAUCGGCGUGUUGGCGCAAUCCAGAUUUGCCUCGGUCAGGAAACGUUUCACAGCUGAAUUGAAGGAGCUGAAGAGUCGUGAGCCGUCGCCGCACACAACCCAGAGCAUAAUAUCCCUGUUAAUGGGUAUGAAGUUUUUUCGUGUGAAGAUGGUCCCCAUCGAGCAGUUCGAGGCCUCCUUCCAGUUCCUCCAGGAGUGUGCGCAAUACUUCCUGGAAGUCAAAGACAAAGAUAUCAGACACGCACUCGCCGGCCUGUUUGUUGAAAUUCUAGUGCCCGUGGCAGCGACUGUCAAAAAUGAGGUGAAUGUUCCAUGCCUGAAGAAUUUCGUGGAAAUGCUGUACAGUCACACUCUAGACGCGAGCACCAAAUCAAAACAUCGCCUCGCGUUGUUCCCUCUGGUUACCUGUCUGCUCUGUGUAUCUCAGAAGUUAUUUUUCUUAGCCAAUUGGCACUGCUUUCUGGCUAUGUGUUUGUCUCAUCUAAAGAACAGGGAUCCCAAAAUGUGCCGAGUGGCUCUUGAGUCCUUGUAUCGACUGCUAUGGGUGUACAUGAUUCGCAUCAAAUGCGAAAGUAAUUCGGCUACCCAGUCACGACUUCAGAGUAUCGUCAAUUCGCUAUUCCCCAAAGGAUCCAAAGGUGUCGUCCCGAGGGACACUCCCCUGAAUAUAUUCGUCAAAAUAAUACAGUUCAUAUCGCAGGAGAGAUUAGACUUUGCGAUGAGAGAAAUAGUCUUCGAUCUCCUAAUGGUCGGACGGCCGAUUAAGAUAAUUCUCACGCCAGAAAGGAUGUCAAUAGGACUCCGAGCGUUCCUAGUGGUCGCGGACAGUCUGCAACAGAAGGAAGGCCAGCCGCCGAUGCCACGCACAUCUGGCACGUUACCUUCGGGGAACACGUUGAGGGUGAAGAAGACCUUCUUGAACAAGAUGCUGACGGACGAAACAGCGCAGUCCAUCGGCAUGAGCGCUUACUUUCCUUACGUCAGAAGAGUCCUGGUUGAAAUACUUAGGGCGCUAGACGCCCACUACGGUAGACCGUUGAUGCUGACCAACACACAGAAUGUAACCAAGGAGCAGGAAAUUAACACCGGCGAGAGGAAACCCAGGAUAGAUUUGUUCAGGACGUGUGUAGCAGCUAUACCCAGGUUAAUUCCAGAAGGGAUGAGUCCUAGUGAGCUGGUGGAUCUCCUCUGUCGUCUAACUGUCCACAUGGACGAGGAGCUCCGAGGCCUGUCCUUCCAAAGUCUCCAGACCCUCAUAGUGGACUUCCCAGAGUGGCGGCAGGAUGUAUUGGCUGGAUUCACACAGUUCUUAGCUAAGGAGGUUCAGGACACGUCUCCUCAACUGGUCGAGAACGGUCUUCGGAUGCUGUUGCAGCUGAUCACCAGCUGGAAGACUGGCGAGGGCGCAGCCAAGGAGUUGGCGGCGGUAGUCAGGGGCGCUGAGGCCUUGGCUCUGGUGAUGCUAUGCCAGUGCAAAUCCUACCCGAGACGACUAGCAGUACACAUACUUAGGGAGACGAAAUGUCUGCUUGAGCGUCUGUCUUUGAACCGCGACGAGCCGGCGCUGAUCGACGCUGCCGACGCUCACGUGCCCUACUUCACGGAGAAGUGUCUGCCCAUCCUGCCACCGGCUGAGAAACAAGCGGUACUGGCUGCGGGUCAACCUGAUCUGGUCUGGGUAGCUGAGAGGAACCACGCCGUCUGGACCGCUGGUUUGCAACACGACGACACGACAUCUAAGAACAGUUGGAGCGGCAGUUCUUCAAACGGCGCUGAUCCUUGGGAGGUGGUGUUGUUUGGACUGCUGGAGCGUAGUCGCGUGCCAGCACAGUGUCACGCCACGAUUCUGCAGGCCUGGCCGAUACUACACGCGCGUAUACACGCGUUAUACACCAUCAUAGAACCGGCGCCGGUGAACGAUAACAGAGCUUCCCUCCUAUCCCGCGGCCCAGCUCUUCCUCGGAAGCCCGAGAAGGAGCGUGAUGGAUACAUGCAAGUCUGGAAGUAUUACAUGACCAUGGCCUAUCUGGUCGUACCAGCAGUUCCCAGCCCGGUCAUAAGAUGCGCCAGCCCGGAUCUCAGUCUUAGCGCUGAUGCGGAGCGCCCGGAUUGGAGCGCUCCAGCGCUGAGCUCGUCCAGCGAGAGCCUGAACACGCCGGGGGGUUUCUUCACGCUGCCCCUAAGCUAUGCGCGCUCGCACAGGCACAAGCGGACGAGCUCGUCGCCGGAUUCUCUGAGCGAACGCAGCGGUGGCGAGGGGAGGGGCCAGGCCUCGCCGGCCUCCCUUCACAAGCUGGCAGUCCCGCUGGCGAGAUGCGAGGUCCCCGAGGUCCGAGACGCAGCCGUCUCCGCCUGCGGACAUAUCAACGCGGAAGCCUUAAAGGAUCUCUUCGAAGAGUUGGUACCGUUGCUCCGCGAGGCUGUUGACCGGAAACAGGAGAACAUGCGUCGCCGUCGACGUAGGGACGCCCUGAGACUUCACCUGAACAAGAUGCUCCUCAUCAUAGCGCAGAGGAAGACCUUUGCUACCAGCUCAUACGCUCUGGAGGGAGGUGGGUUGCACUCCAGCAUCACAGAGUAUCUGGACGGAGUGCGGCAAUGUUUGGAGGUGGAGGCGGAGAAGGAUGCGCCCGCUGCCAGGGAACAAAGGCUCACCUUUGCAGAUUUCGUUACAGAGCUCAUUAAGAGUUUCCCGCUGGAGAUGUACGGGUCGCUGCUGAAGCGAGAGCUGUGUCGGAGCUUGUUCGGUCUUUUCGCGGGCUGGUGCGGGCCGCUGGUUAAACAUCUGGGAGCUCUGGUCACGCAACCGGCGACCACGGAGGUCGAUGAGAGACUGAACCUCUCAGCGUUGAAGGCGAUGAGUGCGUUGGUUUGUUGUGGUCCGUGCUUCGCUCCGAACGCCCUCGCCGAAGACGGCUCCCUCUAUCCCUGGCUCAGCGAAAUGUUGUCAUCAACUAACGACAAGGUGUACGAGCUGGCGCGGGAGACGAUAGUGUUACUCCUAGACUGUAACCCUGACAUAGGGCCAUUGUUAGAUUGGACGGUGGACAAGUGCUUCACAGGCCCGCCGAGGGUCGCAGACGGCUGCUUCAUGGCUCUAGCGACCAUAUUCAGUGCCAGGGAGUAUCCUUGUGAUCACUACACGGCGAUCAUCAACGUGACGCUGAUGUGCACCGGCUGUCCCAGAGCGCCGGUACACGAGAGCGCUCUGCAGCUGUUGCAGCUGUUGGAUAAAAGGUUCUUCGGGACAGUCGUGCCACUUCCCACCGAGGAUGACACUGGUUCUGACAAGGGUCGCGGCACCCUGGACGUGCUCCUCUGCACCACCUAUUGCAGGUCCCAGCUGUACCUCUCCAGGCAGCUGUCACAGCUACAUCCGGACCUCACCAUGCCGAUGUUCUCAGAGAUAACGGCGCGGUUCCAAACAGCCCGUACCGAGGUACGGCAAUUGCUCCUGCAAUACCUUCUGCCGUGGCUUGUGAAUAUAGAGCUGGUGGAUCCCAACGUGCCACCGGCGAACCCGCUCUCAUACAUCCAGUAUUAUGCGUCGGAGGCCGGUCGUUCUGGGCGACGCGAAGGCCUCGGUUCGGUGGAGGCUACGGAGAUGGUACUCAACAAUCUCUUCUACAUAACAGUCAAGUUCUCUGACAAUCAUCCUAAAGAGAUUGAGGAGCUGUGGUCGACGCUGUGCGCCUGCUGGCCGAACAACCUCAAGGUCAUCAUCAGAUAUCUCAUCAUCGUCUCCGGGAUGGCUCCCAAUGAAUUACUGCCCUACGCUAAACGCGUUGUUCUGUACCUGGCGAGAUCUCGGCCUGAACGUCUUCUGGACGAGAUGAUGACGGAACUGCAGACCGUGGAAACGCUGAACUGUCUCAUAGAGAGAACAGAGACACCGCCCUUCUACAGGCUCACCUCCAUGAGGAAGGCCACCUCCGGUCACAGCGACGGACCCGGCACGGGGUCACAGGACGCCACGGGUCGCACCGGUGAAUUGGCCCCCGUAGAAAAAGGCACCAUACACACUAAACGACACAGCGGAGAGGAUCCAGCGAAAGUAUCCAGUUCCAAGGAUCUGCCCCGUAGCGACAAGCGUGCUUCAGCACCGCCGUGUGUGACACCGCCCGCUGAGGAGGAACAGGCUCCCGCCUCCGACGGAGACGCCACUCCGACCGGUUUGUGUGUUGAGAGCGCGUUGACUUCAACGCCAGGGACACCCCAGGAGAGAGUCCACCCUCAGCCACGGCCGCUGCCGAUGCCAGAGUACGGAGGUUUCUUCGCCCUCCUCACUGAAUACCUACCGGAUACGAAUCAACCCGUCUCCGGAUUCCACCGUUGUAACGUUGCUGUGAUGCUGUUGUGUGAUGUGGUGCUGGACGGUGUGGAUCUGGACUGGUCGAUCCACGUACCCCUCAUGAUGCACAUCGUAUUCCUUGGCAUGGAUCACAACAGGUGGAUAGUCCACCAGCACUGUCGUCAGUUGCUGUUGAACCUGCUGGUGGCGGUGGCGGCUCACCACGACCACCUGACGGUAGCCAGGGUGCUGCUGGCCGCUCGAUCGGCACAGCUCGGCCUCGGCCUGCCGCCGCCGCCGCUGCCGUUAGUGCUGCACAACUUCACCGAACCGGAGUGUACGUCAGACAAUUCCCAGCAAUGUCCACACUCGCCACGGCCCCAUGUGCGAUCGCUGUCCUCCGACCCGCAAGUAACACCCGAAGGUGAAUCUGACAACUACCCAUCACUUCCGGUCAUAGUGACAGGUGAAACGGAACCGGAAGCGGAACCGGAACCAGCACCAGCCGAGCUUCCCGUGGCGGACGCUAUCAAAUCUCUGGUCCACUACCUCGCCAGCCGCCCCACUCACCUGCCACUAUGGCAGUACGAAGACAUCACAGCUAAAGUGUGGUCUCUUCGUAGCUGUAGUCAGAUGUCGUCGUUGGUCCAUCACGUGCUGCGUAUAUUCCGCGAGUCACUUCCCCACGCCCUCAUCUCGGAGCGCUGGGCUCAGACCGCAUUACAGCUGGGGCUGUCCUGUCCCUCCAGACAUUACGCUGGAAGAUCCCUCCAGGUGUUCCGUUUCAUUGGCGUUGCGAUGACCGGCCGCAUGGUGUCCGACAUUUUAUCGCGUCUGGUUGAAACUGUGGCGGAACAGGGUGAGGAUAUGCAGGGAUAUGUGACGGAACUGCUGCUUACCCUGGAAGCUGCCGUGGACUCGCUGGAAUCGAACUUCAGACCCCUGGACUACAUGAGGGAUAUCUUCAAAUCGACGCCCAACCUGAACAAUAAGGACGGCGGACAACAACCCAACGGCAACGCAUUCGCUGCUGGCAAACGUUCUCCGGGAGUGUGUGUGGGUUGCGUCAGUAAUCACACUCGCAGCACCAGCUACUCGGUGUCGUAUUGCGUUAGGAAGAACGCUCCUCCAUCUGCCGAAAAGCAAACUCACGAAACCCGCCCCAGACCGUGCGAGGCAAGCAAAGGCACGUGCAGCAACUUGUGUCGCUCAAGAUCAGCUCAGUCGCUAAAACUUCUCGGAGAUACCGCGACACAGGACGACAAGCUGACGAUCCUCGCGACUCUGUUUUGGGUGGGCGCGUCUCUACUGGAAUCUGAUUACGAGCACGAGUUUCUCCUGGGCGUGAGGUUGUUGUCCCGGGUGAUGGCGCGCCUCCCCCUGGACAGACCCGACGCCAGGGAAAGGCUGGACCGCACUCAGGCUCACGGAACCCACUCGCCGGCAUCGCUGCACUCACUGCUUCUAAAGGGCUUCACUCAUCCCAACACGUACGAGCCGGUGGUGGGGGUGUUGGUGGACAUGAUCCCACUGCUGGAGCUGCCGGUUAUUGAUCCCACGCAAUCGCUCGCCUUCCCAAUGACCGUAGUGGCCUUACUACCGUACAUGUUGCUGCACUACGAGGAGGCCAACGAGCUGUGCGUCCGAGCAGCCUGCCAUAUAGCACAGUUCACGUCAGAAAAGAGCAAGAAGUUGGAGAACCUCGGUACGGUGAUGACGCUGUAUUCGCGGAGGACGUUCAGCAAGGAGAGCUUCCAGUGGACCAAGUGUGUAGUGAAGUACCUCUGGGACACGUACUCGCAUCUCUCGCUGCAGAUGCUGGCAUUCCUCGUCGAGGUGUUGGAGAAGGGCGCCCCGAGUCUUCAGCUGCCGGUGUUGUCCACUCUCCACUGUAUGCUAUACUACGUAGAGCUGGGACCUCAGCCAGUUCACGCGGACCUCCUGCGGGCCGUCGCCAAAUUCAUAGACCAAGACGGCAACAAUUACAAGGAGGCGAUGAAGAUUUUGAAGCUGGUGGUGACUCGUUGCUCCACGCUGGUGGUACCACCGCAUUGGGACCACGCGAGCGUCCUCGACGCCGACCUUCACGGAAAGAAGGAACUGCCCGGUCGGACGAUGGAUUUCACAUUCGACCUGUCCCAAACGCCCGUAAUCGGUCGCAAAUAUCUGCCCAAGACCGGCAGUCAGCCAGCCACUGGACCAAGCUCUCUCUCCAACGCAUCUAACACUACGCCAGAUAAAGCAGGUUCGUCAUCUGGUUCAGCGUCGACGGUGGUAGGGGCGGAGUCUACCACCGCCCACUGUGUCGCCUCGCCGCGAAGGUCGCUGUCUCUAUCACCAGCUGACGCGCUCGCAUCAGGCUGGAAGAGACCAUGGAUGUCGCAGGGUCGCGUCCGGGAGUGCCUGGUGAACCUAUUGACGACCUGCGGCCAGAGGGUCGGCCUACCGAAGAGUCCAUCUGUGAUAUUCAGCCAAAGCUCUGAGCUGUUGGAACGAGAGUCGUCUAUGGCGUCUUCUCUGGAGGAGGUCUCCGGGACCCCAGGGAACGAACCAUCCGCCGGCGCGCCCCCCACAGACCACUUCGGAGUAUUCAAGGACUUUGAUUUCCUCGAAUACGAAAGCGAGAGCAUCGAGGGUGAGAGCUCGGACAACUUCAACUGGGGCGUCCGUCGCCGUCUCCUGAGUGAGGAGCGCGAAGGUAUCCCCGAACGCAGCCCGCCACCACAGCGUGGCAGACCAGACCACGACCAUCACCACCACGCUAAACAGCUGGGCCACGAGGACUCAUCCGAUGAGGAGGUCGGCUGGGAUGACGGUGGUCGCGGGGAGGUCGGGGAGGCGGGGGAGGGGGACGCGGCACACGAACUCGCUCUAAGGACGAGGGCGCACUCGCUUUCCAGCGCCUCCAGCGGGGAUCCUGACGCCGAGCGCGGCGACGUGACGCCUGUGCCGGGCGUCGUGGGCAACGUGAGCGUGUCCAGCGCCGUGGGCGUGGGCGUGGGCGUUAGGGACUCGUGGCGGUGUUCGGUGGCAGCAUUACUCCGCCACGCCACACACCUGCCACCGAUAACGCUCGUGCACAGAUUGCAUACCGUGCUCAAGGAAGUGAUGUCGAAGACGAUUUCCGUCUGCGGCGAAGGUUCGCCGGUGGGCGGUGGUGGUGAGCUCGCAGCGGUGCUGGAGCGCCUGUCCCUGGAGGAGCCCCCGCUGCUAUGGGCCGGGCCGGCGGCGGCCGACUGUUCCCGGGUGAGAGACGCUGUCCGGUACGCCGCCCUCGAGAUCAACGAACACCUCGAGACAUACUUUGACAGGAGAGAAAACGCGCUCGAGACAUUGGAGUUAUCGAGGAGCGCCGAGGAGACGGGUCGUUGUCUCUACAAGUUGAUAUUCCAACUACUUCUUCUGUUGGAGACCAACAACAAGAUGGUGGUGGCCGUGUACCACGCGGCCUUGGACAACAGGGGCGUUGAGAUGAGUUCAUCUAUAUCAUCUGUUCGUGCGGCGCUGGUCGCACACUCGGCGGAGGCCUGGGGCUCCAACUCGCCAGCCCCUCACGACGACGCCGUACUGCUGCAUAUGAUGCAACGACAAAGAUGGGGCGCCGCCCUGGCGAUGGUGAGGGAACGUAACGCUGAACGUAUCUUGGAGCGCGGCGAGCUGCCCGAGGAUGACGUCACCAGCCUGCUGCACGUGUACUGCCGGGGACUGGCGCAGGCGCAUCCAGACAUGGUGGCCAUCACUCGUCCGGUCAAUGAACUCUCCCAAAACCUGUCCUUCAUGAUGGAGAGCCUCUACAAGGUGUCCGUGUCGCUGCAGCGGCAGGAGUACGGCUGAUGACGUCGCCGUGGAGCGAGACACCUCCGCCCCCUCCCCCGCCCCCCACCAAUCUAGAAAAAUAACACCACAAACAUGCAGACAUAUGAGGCAACGAACAAGUAUCGAAAUGUGAACAAUACAUACAUGCUGUAUGCAAAUGUUUAUUAUACGUUUUGUUGUGAAAUAAACAGCGACAAUACCACUCAAUACCACCCACAGAUGGGAUGUGGGGCUUAGUUGAAUUAAACAAACCAAAAAUAAUAUUAAAUCUCAAUUCAUAUUCUAUAUUAUAUGUGUUACAUAUAACGUUAUAUGUAAUUUGAUAAUUGAUAAAUAAUUAAUCUAGCUAAACCGAAUGUAUUUUUGUUUGUGAUCAAAUUUAUAGCACUACGUAGCUAUGGGAGUCUGAAUUUAUCUUGACCGUGGUAUUCAACAGAAAGAAAAUAAAACGAAAAUUUUAGUAUUUUAAAGUUUUAAAUUAAUUGUAAAUAAGCAAGCUAUACGUAAGAAUGUCUAUCAGUAGUUGAAAAUUCGAAGUAUUUGUUGUAUGUAAGAAUCGUCUGAAAUAUUAUAUAUAUAUAAUAUGAACAAUCUGUGGAUGAUGUGACUACAGAAGGUUCAGAUAUAGAAGAAUUUCUUUGUGUAACAUCCUUUUAAUGCUGCAGUGUUCAACGGACUCUCGAAUACAAAUAUGUAAUUGUCUAUGGAAGGAACAAAAGUCAAUUUAUUAUCUGUACACCGUAAUGUUUACGUCAUAUUGUAAUGUACAACAGAUAACUCCAAAAAAAGUAUAUACACAAGUUUAACGGCUAUUAAUACAAAUUAACAGGAAUUCAAGGUUUUCAAUAGUUUUUAAAAAUGAAUUUUAUAUGUAAUUUUAAUUUGUUAGCACGAACAAACGGACGGUAUUAUAGUUGUAACGUGUCAGACGGCGGUCUAGCGAAUUUAGUUUGUAUUAGUCGUACUAAUUUUACAUAAUAACACUGUCAUAUUAUUUUCAAAUAACUGAUCUCAGCUAGGAUACUGUCACUCGCUAUCACAAUUUGUAUGGUAAUAAUAAAGUCACUAGGGAACACUCACACAACCAAACAAUUCAUUACUUCGUAUUGCCUAGUGCUUGUUAUCAUCGCUCGGUUCCAUAUAUUCUGCUAAUUUGUUGUUUUCAAAUCAAUUUCACAAAAAUCUAAUUAUAUUUCGUUCGUUCAAAUCAGCGCCAUCUAUAUGUUAUCCGACAAACUUUUUAUACCUUUGUAAAGGUAAAGCGGAUACUUCAACACAUCUUGACAAUGUAUUUUCCCGCGUUUUUUUGACCAUAGAACGAGUUUAGGAAUUUCGUGUUAUUAUUUUACCACUACCGUACAUUGUUGUACCAAAUAAUGCAUAAUUUUUAUAUAAACGCGAUGUUUACUCAAUGCUUUUUGUGAUAUUUUUUUUUUCAUUAAUUUUUUUUUUUAAUCUACUAAUUACAAUAUUUAUUGUUAGCUUAAUAACAUUGUCUCUGCCCUGUUCGCGCCACGCGUGUAUUAUUAAGAUAAUAGUAUGGAAAUGUAUUAAAAAAUAAUAAUAAUAAAUUGAUUAUUAAAGAA